UCCAUUCGUUGGUCGGCGCGCGCAGCGAACGGGCCGCCAAACACUGCGUCGCGUGUGUGCCUAGGGUCCCGAGCUCACUGGACUUAAAGUUCGAUAUUCGCGUGUUUCACGGAGCGGGUCGUGUAGUGCGAUGCACACUCGUAUCAGUGCGCGAGAAACCGUGCAACCGCCGAGCGCCGAGCGCGCAGAAAUGGACCACCCUCUGGAAUCUCUUUCGCAAUCAGUUUAAAAGAUUUACUUUGCAUGAAGCAGAGAAGACAUAAAACAAGACAUGCGGCUGCCGUAGCUGCAGCAGCUGCCAACUCGCAAUCCAAAGCGCUUUCUCCACCCGCUUCCACUCCUUCGCCCAGUGCCCUCAAAAGUCCCGAAAGCGCCACAGGCAUGGCUUCCAAGACGGAAAUGUUCGAAUCCUUCCAAGCUUGGGCACUCAAGACUUACGGUGACAGCGCGAAGACCAAAACAGUCACGCGGAGGAAGUAUAACAGGAUACUCAAGAUCUUAAAAGGCGAAGAACAAACAAAGGCAGAAAAUUCCAAAUUUCGAUUUUGGGUCAAGGCGAAGGGCUUUCGAAUCGGACCCCCGGCAGAUAACACCUCCAGUGCCAUAUCAAUGGACCAAGUGCUCUACGUCCCGUGCUCCAAAAUACCCAAUAGUAGCGAUGAAGGUGGAGAGAGUAUGGUAUACAAGAAAGUGGCUGUGGUGGAGAAUUUCUAUGACAUUAUCUAUGACGUGCAUGUUGAAAUGGAUGGGCGAGGCGGAAAGCAUGCUGGUCAGAAGAGAACAUACAAAGCAAUAGCCGAGAUGUACUCCUUCUUGCCUCGGGAGGCUGUGACCCACUUCUUGAUGUCAUGCACCGACUGCCAGAAACGGAUGCAUCUCGGGGCGGACCAGAAGACACCGACGGGUAACCAUGACAACGGCCAGCAGCUCGACGAGAGCAUCAGCUCGCUCGACACAACCGCCUGGGACGAGACUGACUCUUUACACAUUGACUACAGUCUCCCGAUCACCACCACCUACCUCAAGCACAUGCGAAGUCUAGGUUACUCAGAAGAAGAUGCCCUUAACCCCGACAGAGAAGUAAGUGAUUCUCUAAUUUGA